GCCCAUCAACGCCUGCAAGGCCCUUCCACUCGCUGCUCAGAUAGUAAAAACAAACAAAAACGAGAUGCUUAUACAAAGAGCCAAAUCACGAGAAAUUGCGAUGCGACAGCGAUAAAUUGGGAACGUGCAAAUCGGUAGAACUAAAAGAGGAAUCGUGGGGGCCGUGGUGGUGAUGGGUUUUGGCUUUUCGCCGUUUUAGAAUCUCUCUCUCACCUUUCCCUCUUCGUCCCGCUCUCCCCACGCACGCGAGAGAGAGAGAGAGUGUUUGUUAUUAAGCAAUUGCUCUUAGUAUUGGGUUUUCUUUGGUGCCUUGGUCGGAUUGUUUUUGGUUGUUGUUAUUAUUGUUACAAACGAGGACACUCAAUCUGUUGCUUCUUGUAAGAAAAUAGGAGAAAGGAAAAGUUUGCUGCUUUCUUCUCUCGCAGAAGAUCCCAUUCCCAUUCUUCUUUAUAUCCAUUGUUCCUCUUUUGUGCUCGAUGGUCCUAUUGAUUUUGAUGCAGCUUCAGUAUUGCUCUUUUGACUUGUGCCCACAAAAAUCGUUGGUUCGUGUCAUGAUCUCACUCUAGUGUAGGAUGGGGGAUCAUUUUGUGUUGCUGGUGGAUCGAUUACUCACUGAAUCUACUCUUGAAGCUGCUAUUGAGAGCAAUAACCGGUUGCAGCAAGCCACGCCCUCAGCAAGCAAAGAUUAUUUAAGUUCUUCCCAUAGUAUGGAUAUCAAUACUAGCUUACCUCCAAGUAAAUUUGUAGAGUGUAGGAUUUGCCAUGAUGAGGAUGAAGAGUCAAGCAUGGAGACGCCCUGUUCGUGCUGUGGCAGCUUGAAGUAUGCUCACCGCAAAUGUGUUCAAAGGUGGUGCAACGAGAAGGGUGACACUAUCUGUGAGAUCUGCCUCCAGCAAUUUAAGCCGGAUUAUACAGCACCUCCUCCUCUGUUUCACUAUGGUGGUAUUCCAAUGAACUUCAGCGGAAAUUGGGAGAUUUCCAGAAGGGACCUGCAUAACCCUCAAUUUAUACCAAUGAUUGCUACUGGUCGUGAAUUUCUAGACACUGACUUUGAAGAGUAUUCAACUCCCACUUCGAGAAGCCUGAUAUGCUGCCGUGUAGUUGCUAUAAUUUUUAUGGUUCUUCUGGUUUUACGUCAUACUUUACCAAUCAUAAUCAGUGGAGCUGGGGAGUACUCAUUGACAUUGUUCACGUUACUGAUGUUGAGGACCAUUGGGAUUCUUUUGCCAAUCUAUAUCAUGGUGAGAGCUUUCACUGCUAUCCAGCGUCGCCGACACCCUCAGGACCCUCAACUCUCCCUUGCCACAUCAGAUGAGGCAAACGACUUGCCACAGCAUCAAUCACGUUUUAUUCAUGUUCUGUAGUUGUUGCAGCUACCUAUCUUGCUUUAAGAAAUCCAAAAGUACGUGUAAAAAGAAACUCGCACUGAGGGCUGCAAAUUGUAGGGGAAGAUGCUCAUAGUGCGUGGUUCAACAUUACCAAUCCUGCCUGAUGUAGGAGAGGCAUCUUAGAUCCUAGAUCAAAUCAGAAAGAAAUUGUUAUCAAAGUGCAUCAACUAUCAUAUAUGAGACACCGAGAGUUAUGUGUAUAGAGCAUUCCUAAAGGGAUCGUCAACUGUAUAUAUGAAUGCUGCUUAAACAAAUUAAUAUCUAAUCUUAUAUAUACAUAUAUAAAUAUUUAUAAAAAGAGGAAUCAAUUAGAGGAUA